UGGGCGUCAGGGUCAUCGACAUGAGCCGCGUACCGCCGCGGCGGCUGCUGGACAGGCUGCUGCUGUAGCAGCGGCAGUCAUUCGUGCUCGUUGCAGACGCCGUAUCUACUGUGUGGCUACUCCACGAAGUCCUCUGGUUACGGUUGCUGAAACGUGUGGUGGUGCUACCACCGGGACUUCCCUAUCAGCGAUGAAGCUUACGGUGACGACGCUUUCGGGCGAGCUGUACAUGCUAGACGUUGGUGCCGAGAUGGAGUUGGAGGGGCUGAAGGCACUCUGCGAGUUCGAGUCCGGCGUGCCCGCCAGGGAAAUGGUGCUCAUGCACGAAGGCCGACCGCUGCUGGACGAGAAGCGCUCGCUCAAGUCGCACUCCAUCAAGGAGGGCGAUGUGCUGCUUAUUCAGCACCUGGUGCCCCCAACCAACGCGUCCACUAGCUCUGGUGCCGGACCGCCCCUGAGGCUAGAUUUCAGUCAUAUCCCUGUCCCGGCAACGGCCGGCCAAAGUUCAGGGACGGAUAUGAGCCUGGGCCCGCGUGGGGCAGAGGAAGAGGAGCCGGUCUUCAUCCGAGAUAUGAUCCUCAAAAGCCCCGACCAGCUUGCCCUGCUGAAGCACAACAACCCACAGCUUGCCGAUGCCCUGCUGUCGGGUGACCUGGACCUGUUCACGCGGGUGCUUCGGGAGCAGCAGAAGGAGAAGUCUGACAGGGACAGGCAGCGCAUCCGCAUGAUGAACGCCGACCCCUUUGACCCUGAGACUCAGCGACUCAUUGCCGAAGAGAUCAGGCAGCAGAACAUUGAUUCCAACAUGGAGGCAGCGAUGGAGUACCACCCAGAGAGCUUCGGCCAAGUUGUGAUGCUGUACAUCAACUGCCGUGUCAAUGGGCACCCAGUCAAAGCCUUCAUUGACUCAGGUGCACAAACUACCAUCAUGAGCCAGGCCUGUGCUGAGCGAUGUGCCAUCAUGCGACUCGUGGACCCUCGGUGGGCAGGUGUUGCCAAAGGAGUGGGCACCCAGCGCAUCAUUGGUCGCAUUCACCUGGUGCAGAUUGAGAUUGAAGGAGUGUUCCUGACCUCGUCCUUCUCGGUGCUGGAGGAGCAGCCCAUGGACAUGCUUCUCGGACUCGACAUGCUCAAGAGGCAUCAGUGCCUGAUUGACCUGAAGCGCAACGUCCUGGUGAUGGGCACCACGGGGACCGAGACGCCCUUUCUCGGAGAAGGGGAGCUUCCCGAGUGUGCACGGCUGCAGAUGCUGGGGGCCUCGCAGAGCGGCUCCACCCUGGGCAGCGAGGCGUCCUCGAGGGCCGGUGGUAGCGAAGAGUUUCCGGCAGCCACUGUGGACCGGAUGGUAGCCUUGGGCUUUGAGAGAGUCAAGGUAGUUGCUGCCCUGAGGCAGGCCAGCGGAAAUAGUGACCAGGCCUUGGCAGCACUGCUGGCACAAAGCCUGCAGGGACCCUAAGUGCGACUGGCAUGGCCACUUCUUGAUCAGUGCAUGGUGACGCGACAGGCCUGGCACUCAGGCUCUCCCGUGGACAGGUCUCUGGCAUCCGGUGGCAACACAACUAGAGUCUUGCAGUGAUUAUUCCCAAUGGUCGACGCAGGAGUGGAGUGUGCAGAGAGACCUUUUGAAGCGGGAGCCCGUCCCUCCUAAUGUGGGCAAGAAACUAAACAAUGUAAGGUUUGGGCGAUUUCUCAAGCGCCAUCCUGGUGUAAUUCUCACAAGUUAGUUGGCGUAUAUAGCUGUCUUCAUGAGGCUUUGUAACUACCUUUAUGCCAAUCGAUUGUGCAAGUGUUGGUGCAUACAAUUUCUCCUAAGCUCACCAGACUAGUGUGAGAUGGGAACACUCUACAAGUCACUUGCUUGUGUACUUCCAGCUCCUACUUUUUUGAGGUUCAGAUUCACAAUGCUGCAACGUCUGUAUGUGCGCAGACAAAAGUCUCGGCACCGACAUCACCUGCCUAGCCAUCUUGUCUGGCACCAACAUUCCACGACUUUGUUGCCUGAGCAGUGUUGUUAGUGCAGUGAGCAGUGGAUGCUUUGGUAGCUGCUCCUUUCCAGACCAAGCCUGCUCAAGAACGAUUCUGCCAACUGAGUGGCCCAUCAUUUCAUUUUGCACCAUCACAGAAGCAGGGUGCUCGCCUAUUUUUUUACCUUGACUGGCUCACAGUUACUGCGGGAAAAUAUGAAAAUAUAGGAGAAAAGGCCAUAUUAUGAGACGUCUGUCACUCAAUAAAAGUUCUUUGUGGUCUGCAUGUGUUUCCUCGCGUUAUGGAAGUCUCCUGGAUAGGGGGAGAAGGGUUAUUAUGCAUCAGGAAAUUGUGUUGCAACCACUGUAUUAUUCAGUACUUGGCUUUUAUUACUUUCUUUUCUUAUGUGCAAUGUUAAUCAAUACACUUGAAUGUAAGUGCCUUUCCUUUCACCAAGCAGGUCGGCAGUACACUCUGUCACGGCUUCAACAACUUGUGCCAGUAAUUAAAGGUGAUGAUGUAUGUC